AGAGAGAGAGAGAGAGAGAGAGAAGAGGUCACAUAGCAUAGACAUAGCUAGCUAUCUAUAAAAGAAGCCCAUAUGCAGCCAUCAACAGGAGGACCAUAUCCCACGCCCCAUACAUACGAUCUGUGCUGUCUCCUCUCUCCUCUUUUAGGUGUCUCAUCUCCCUUCCUGCUUGAUUAGUUGCUGCCAAGCUUCACUCAAAGAGAACUUCAGGCCGGCCGAACGGACACCGGAAACCGUAGCUGAUUGAUUGAUCAAUCAGUUUGCCUCGACUCCACUCCCAGUAGCUGAGCUGAGCGACACAGAUCAGAGAUUCUUUUCUUUCAUCGCCCUCGUCGGUCGGUCGAAGCUGAUCGAUCCAUCGGUCCGCGCCGUCCUUGACGGUGUUGUCCGCGGGAGCCCGGAGUUGAAUCUUGGAAGCCGUACGCUCCGGCGGCCAUUGUUCCACCUUUCGCCGUCAAUCAUCGAUCUGCCUUUGCUUGACAGAGCAGUGUACAUUUAUCGCAUCGUCCCAUAAUCCCUGCGCCAGUCGUUUGAUCAUCACUUUCUUUCUCUCGGCGGCGGCGGAGGCGCGGCGAUGGACGCUACUUUUGACUGGGCCGGCGCCGGCCAGCAUGUUGAUGACUACUUCUCGCGCCAGGUUGGAUGUGCUCGGUUCGAGAUGGACGAGGUUUUCCUCGGCGCGUGCUUUGGACAGCUCCAGUGCGACGGUGUCGGCGGCGACGCCAGUGCGUGCCAGUUGAGCUCGAAUUUUGGUGCCAUCGGAGGCGGCGCAGGCCUGGAGGGUGACCCUCUCGCGUUCCUGAGCACGGGGACGGGGGACGUGUUCGAUGCCAGCCUCCUCGACGCGGCGCUCGCGUUCUCCAGGGAGCUCGGCGAGGGCGAGGGCGACGGCGGGGCCGUCUCGAACGGCGCCAUGUUCUCCAGCUACAGCGGCACUACCGGCGGCAACAUCUCCUCCGGGGAGUCCAACAACUACAGCGAAGGCUGCGUCAGCCACGACGCCGAGGUGGCGUCACCAACAUCCAUCAUGUCGCCCACCACGGCGCCGCCGCCGCUUCCCCACGCGUCAUCGCAGCAGGCGCUCCACCAAAAGCGGAAGUUGACCGACGAGUACCCCAUGAUCGCAACAACUGCACCGCCACCGGCGCCGUUCCCACGCCCCAGCGGCGCCAAGCGGCGAGCGGCGACGAGCAUCAACUUCGGCCAUGGCCACGGCGCGCUCGACCGCACCGCCGGGUACGAGCCUGACAUGGAGGCGAUGGCGCAGGUGAAGGAGAUGAUCUACCGCGCGGCGGCCAUGCGCCCCGUCAACCUCUGCCCCGAGCCGGCUGCCGCCGCGGGGGCCGCCGCGGAGAAGCCCCGGCGCAAGAACGUGCGCAUCUCGAGCGACCCGCAGACGGUGGCGGCGCGGCUGCGACGGGAGCGCGUGAGCGACCGCCUGCGCGUACUGCAGAAGCUGGUCCCCGGCGGCAGCAAGAUGGACACGGCGUCCAUGCUGGACGAGGCGGCCAGCUACCUCAAAUUCCUCAAGUCCCAGGUCCAAGCGCUGGAAACCCUAGGCACCAUCAACACCAACAGCACAAGCAGCACAGCAAGCAGGUCACAGAACUUCAACUAUUACGGCGGCAGCAACCCUGGAUUUGCAAGGAGCAGUAACAUUUCUCCAGCUGGGUAUGUAAAUCCUAAUGGAUCGAAUACCAGCAGCCAACUGUUAUAGUACUGUUCCUGUAUGACUGUGUUCGAGAGGACUAUACAUGCAUGCAUGUUCCUGUUUCGCACUGUUCGUUUGAUCAGGAUUCAUUGUUAGAUUACGACGCUAAGUGAUAAUCUGUUAGUGCUUAGUACAUACUAGUACGGUAUUAAAGGCUGUAGAUAUAUUUGUGCAAAAUUUGGAUCCGCUGAAUUUGUUGAACGAUGCAGCUGCAGUGAGAGACUGCAUGCAGCACGAGGGGAUGAUGACGAUGAACAAUCUGAAAUUGUAGAGAGAGAGUUUCUUAGUUCUUACACAAAGUAGCUGCCAUUUUAACUCCAAAUUUAUUCCUUCUAGAAUAAACAAGC